AGAGCCCUGUAUGUUGGGCUGCUAUAAAGUCAGGAAAAUCACAGGUGGAAAGAGUAAGUAUAAAGCAGAGUAUAAAUACACAGAAAGUUCAAACAAGAGUAAUGUUCCUGAGAGUGAUAGCUCAGUCUGGAAGCCAGCCCCUUCCAAAGUCUCUUGGUGAGGUGAAGAGGCUGACGUUCUUCUAGCUUGGAGCUAUUGGAGGAGAGCAGUGUGGGGCUUGCUGGCUUCUCCUGCAGAUCUCCUCAGAGUAAGAGUUAAUGUUUGCAUAGGGAAAAGUCUUUGUUCCGGUUCAGUGUUUACCAACUGGAAUGACCAGGCUUAGGGUCAAUGAGUCUUAGAUACAAAUAUAAGCUUGGAGAGCCAGUUCACAAUGUAAGAGGCAACAGUUGGAAGUAAAAAAGCAGGAUGGAGCCCACAGUGGUGGCACCUCAGGCUCACAGAAAAGGGCUGUUUGGUGGAAUGAAGCUGAAGAAGAAGAAAAAAGGCGAGAAAGGGUUGACUAUUGCAAACAAAGACGCACUGGGUGAUCAUGAUGAAAGUGAAAAUCGUCACCAUGACACUCUUGGAAGACAAGAAGAAGAAGAGGAAGACCUGAUGAACAGCAGUGCAUUGUCCAGUGCUUUUGGAUCUUUAAGCCCAGAGAGGAAAAGGGCAAAGCUGGUGCCCAGAAUUCAUGAAGAGGAGAUGAAAACCCAGAACUACCAGAUUGCCAUCACCAUCACUGAGGCCAGGCAGCUGGUGGGUGAGAACAUUGAUCCCAUAGUGAUCAUUGAGAUUGGUGAUGAGAAGAAGCAAACAACAGUGAAAGAAGGCACAAAUGCUCCCUUCUACAAUGAGUACUUUGUGUUUGAUUUCGUUGGACCACAGGUGUUUCUGUUCGACAAAAUAAUCAACAUCUCUGUUAUGCACCAUAAACUGAUUGGGAGUGUGCUGAUAGGCUCCUUUAAGGUAGACCUGGGGACAGUGUAUGCUCAGCCAGGUCAUCAAUUUUGUGACAAGUGGGCGCUUCUCACAGAUCCUGCUGAUAUUAGGACAGGAACCAAGGGAUACCUGAAGUGUGACAUCAGCGUGACUGGGAAAGGCGACACGAUACAAGCCACACAAAAAACAGCUGAUACUGAGGAGCAGAUUGAAAAAAAUCUCUUGAUCCCCAGAGGAUUUCCAUCUGAAAGACCAUGGGCCAGAUUUUAUGUGAGAAUUUACAAAGCAGAAGGACUUCCGAAGAUGAACUCUAGCAUCAUGGCAAAUGUUACGAAAGCGUUCAUAGGUGACAGUAAGGACCUUGUGGAUCCCUAUGUGGUGGUCAUGUUUGCAGGUCAAAUGGGUCGGACAACUGUGCAAAAGAACUGUGCAGAUCCCAUAUGGCACGAACAGAUUAUCUUCAAGGAAAUGUUCCCUCCACUCUGCCGAAGAGUCAAAAUCCAGGUCUGGGAUGAAGGCAGCAUGAAUGAUGUGGCCUUAGCCACCCACUUCAUUGACUUGAAGAAAAUAUCCAAUGAACAAGAUGGUGACAAAGGGUUCUUGCCUACCUUUGGACCCGCCUGGAUCAAUCUCUAUGGCUCAGCCAGGAAUAACAGCCUCAUGGACGACCACCAGGAGCUUAAUGAAGGUUUUGGAGAAGGGGCCUCUUUCAGGGGGCGUCUCUUCAUUGAGAUUGCUGUGGAGAUACUUUCAGGAGGAGCCCGUGAGUCAAAAUUUUCAAGGAUCACCAAGGAUAUCAAGUUGCCAGCUAAAGAUUCCAAAGCAGCCAAAGGAAAAGACAAAACUGACAAAGGAGGAGAGGAUGGAAAGUCAGCUUCUCCUUCAGAUAAGACAAACUCAACUGAAGUGGAAGUUGAGCCAUUUGAUGCGCCUUCAGAGAUCUAUGGAGAGAAAUUUGAAGAGUUCCUCCUCUUUGGGGCAUUUUUUGAAGCCACAAUGAUUGAUAGGAAGAUUGGGGACAAGCCAAUAACCUUUGAGGUUUCUGUUGGUAACUUUGGUAAAGUUACUGAUGGAGUGUCAGCAGGAGCUGGAGGGAAAAAGAAGGCACGUGAUGAAGAAGUGGAAGAAAGUCUUCUACACGAUAAGGACGAUGAAAUGUGUCAUAAGCUUGGAGUACCCCUGGCAUCCAUCACACACCCUGAGAAGCCACUAAUCACAGGUGGGAACAGGAACUAUCAGUACUUGCCAUAUGAUGAGAGGAAGCCCUGUAUCUGUGUCAGGAGUUACUGGGGUGACCAGACCUUUCGUCUGUACUCUUCUAACACUCUUGAAAAAAUGGCAGAUCACCUGGAGGAAUCAUUACUGCAAGUAAAGGAUUUGAUCAAGGUUUCAGAGAUUGAAGCUGAGGAGAAAAUGAGGACAACCCUAAGUGACUUCAUCAAUCAGAGCAAGGCCUUCAUGAGCGUUGUUGAAAAGAAGCCCAAAGGGUUGAACUACACUACUUUGGACAAAAAAAGACUCAUGCUGUUCAGGCAAGAGCUGGAAGCAAUGUCCAGUGAUGCUAAAGGAAUUAUUCAGCAACAGAAAAAGAUGUCACUGGAUGAAAUGAUACGUGCAACUCAGAUCUUUAUAGAUAAAAUUCGAUUCUUGGUUGACGAGCCACAGAAUACAGUGCCUGAUGUAUUCAUCUGGAUGCUCAGCAACAACAAGAGAGUUGCAUAUGCAAGAAUCCCUGCAAAAUCCAUCCUUUAUUCCCCGGAGAAAGAUCAGAGAGGCAAGGACUGUGGGAAGAUUAAAACCCAUUUCCUGAAACUACCUGGCAAGCGCCCGUUGGGCUGGACAGUGCAGGCAAAGGUGGACAUCUACCUAUGGCUUGGACCUGCCAGCUACACCCACCACAUCAUGGAUAAUUUACCUGUAGGUUAUGAGACUGAAAUACCAUCCAGUGCCAGCUCAGGGCACAGCAUGGUGCCCUCUCCUGCCUGCCUGCGAUAUAAAACCGUGCACCUCUUCCAGCUGAGAGCCCACAUGUAUCAGGCAAGGGGGCUCAUUGCAGCCGACAGCACUGGACUUUCUGAUCCUUUUGCGAAAGUUACUUUCACGUCACACUGCCAGACCACAAAGAUCAUUUCUCAGACGUUGUCCCCUACUUGGAACCAGAUGCUGCUCUUCAAUGGCAUUGUGCUUCACGGGGAUGGGGAGGAAAUCGCCCAGUUCCCUCCAGAGAUUGUCAUUGAGCUGUAUGAUGACGAUGCAGUGGGUAAAGCAGAAUAUAUUGGGUCUACAGUGACUGCCCCAGUGGUGAGACUUGCUGACCAUAAGUAUGAACCACCUAAGCUCUCUUACCACCCAGUGUACUGUGGGAAUCUUUCUGGAGGAGACAUUCUUGCUGCAUUUGAGCUCUUAGAGAUUCCUGACUCUGAUCCAGACAGACUUCCCCCCGUGGAUCCACCAGAUGUUACCCAGAUCUACCCAGUUCCAGCCAACAUUCGACCUGUUUUAAGCAAGUACAGAGUAGAGGUCCUGUUCUGGGGUGUUCGAGAACUUAAGAAAGUCCAGCUUCUAUCUGUUGAUCGCCCCCAGGUUUUCAUUGAGUGUGCAGGGAGAGGAGUGAAAUCCUCCGUCAUCCAGAGCUACAAGAAAAAUCCCAAUUUCAGUGUCCUUGCAGACUGGUUUGAAGUGGAACUGCCAGAAAAUGAACUGUUGCAUCCACCACUAAGCAUCUGCGUAGUUGACUGGAGAGCUUUUGGAAGGAGUACUCUUGUUGGAACACACACCAUCAAUUGCCUUAAGCAAUUCCUAUUUAAGCCCCAGUUGGAUCUUCAGGCCACACCAAGCAGACUUGACAUUGCAGAAACAGAGAAAGCUUCACCUGAGUCAUCCCAGCCUCCCGACUUAUCCCAGGAACCUUGUUUAGCUGAUCACAUCUACGCUGAGGUGGAGCAGGGUAAAUGUACAGUGAUAGAGCUAGAACCAAGUCCCGCAACACCUCCUGCUGCUGAACCAGAGCACUCCAUUUCUGAACCAGAGAAAGACAGAAAACAAAAGGAUAGGAAAAAAUCCUUGCGACGGUCAACAAAGAGGAAAAAAAGAACAAUUGCAGAUGAAUCAGCUGAGAACGUUAUUGACUGGUGGUCAAAAUACUAUGCAUCCAUGCUCAAAAUGCAAAAAAUGAAAGAAAUUUUUCCCAGUGAGGGGAAAGCUGAAGAAUGUAAGCAAACUUCAGACUACAUUGCACUGACUGUAGAAGAGGAGCCAAACAAAAAGAAGGAUAAGACAUUCAAAAGGAAACAGCAAGAAACAACUCCAAACCUAGCAACACUGCAGAUUUAUGAAGGAGACUUGGAGAGUGAAUUUAAUAACUUUGAGGAUUGGGUGAAAACUUUCCAACUCUUAAGAGGAAAAUCUAAUGACGAAGUUCAUGCUGACUCUGAAGACAGAAUAAUAGGAAAAUUUAAGGGCUCCUUCUGCAUAUACCCAAGUCCUGAGGAUGGCAGCGUGCUGGACGGAGGGCAGCCUCACAUCCUGCAAGGGAUACCACCAAACCACUCCAUCAACGUCCUUAUCAGGGUGUAUAUUGUGGCAGCAUUUAACCUCAGCCCAGCUGAUCCAGAUGGCAAGUCAGAUCCCUACAUUGUGCUGAGACUGGGCAACACAGAAAUUAAAGACAGAGAAAACUACAUUCCCAAGCAGCUGAACCCAGUGUUUGGAAGGUCAUUUGAAAUCCAGGCUACAUUUCCCAAGGAUUCUCUGCUUACAGUUCUGAUCUAUGACCAUGACUUUGUGGGAACCGAUGAUCUGAUUGGAGAAACUAAAAUUGAUUUGGAAAAUCGUUUCUACAGCAGGCAUAGAGCUACCUGUGGGUUACAAAGUCAAUAUGAAAUAGAAGGGUACAACGCAUGGCGAGAUGCAACCAAGCCAAGCGAGAUCCUCACUAAGCUGUGUAAGGACAACAGAAUAAAUGGGCCUUUCAUGCGGCCAGGGGAGAUACAAGUAGGAACAAAAGUCUUCAAGGGACAGACAGUCUUCACUGAAGAUGAGAAUGAGGAGCCAGUUGAAUCGUAUGAACAUCUUUCCUUAAAGGUUUUACGUUCUUGGGAAGAAAUCCCUGAAGUUGGAUACAAACUGGUCCCAGAGCAUAUUGAGACUCGGCCUCUCUACCAUAAGGAUAAGCCAGGCAUGGAACAGGGUCGUUUACAGAUGUGGGUUGAUAUGUUUCCAAAACACAUGCCUCUGCCAGGACCCCCAGUGGACAUUUCACCAAGAAAACCCAAGGGCUAUGAACUGAGGGUAAUCAUUUGGAACACAGAAGAUGUAAUUCUAGAAGAUGAAAAUAUCUUUACAGGGCAAAAAUCAAGCGAUAUCUAUGUAAAAGGGUGGAUAAAGGGCCUGGAAGAGGACAAACAGGAGACAGACGUUCAUUACAACUCCUUGACAGGAGAGGGCAACUUCAACUGGCGCUUUGUGUUCCCAUUCCACUAUCUCCCAGCAGAAAAACAAAUGGUCGUUAGUAAAAGAGAAAACAUAUUUUCCUUAGAAAAGACAGAGCGCAAGAUACCUGCUGAACUUGUGCUUCAGGUGUGGGACUUUGAAAGGCUCUCUUCAGAUGAUUUCUUGGGCACUCUUGAACUGAACCUGAAUGGGUUCCCUCGGGCAGCAAAGACAGCCAAGAGCUGUGAUUUAGGCAUGGUUGUGGCAGCAUGUGAAGAAAACAAGAUCUCCAUCUUUCAGCAGAAGCGUGUCAGAGGCUGGUGGCCUUUCAUCAAGGCUGGGGAGCUCACGGGCAAAGUGGAAGCUGAGUUUCACUUAGUGACAGCAGAAGAAGCUGAGAAGAAUCCAGUAGGCAAAGCACGAAAGGAGCCGGAGCCCUUGGAAAAACCCAACCGACCAGACACAUCCUUCUCUUGGUUUGUCAAUCCUUUCAAGUGUUUGUACCACCUGAUCUGGAGAAAUUACAAGAAGUACAUCAUCAUUGGCAUAAUUCUGCUUAUUCUCAUCGUCUUCCUGGUGCUCUUCAUCUACACAUUGCCAGGUGCAAUCAGUCGUAAGCUAGUUGUAGGAAUGUAGGAUUACAGCUCUCAUGGUAACCAAUUGUAUACAAAUGCUUAAGUUAAAACUAAAAAUCAGGCAGAGGUAAUGAACCUGAAAUACAUCUCACUCCUUGUAAACAGAAAGCAUAACUACUCCUCUGAGAAACUGGAACUAUCUUAGACUGUUUUCACAUCUUACUUCUUUGGCUGCUCAUUCAGACUCUGCCUUAAUGUACAUCAUCAUUAACAUCCUGCUGUAGCUUCAGUGGCAAUGAAAACUUCAUUCUGCACCUAAAAAUGUGUGUUUACAAGUGAAUUCCUCAAUGUUACGCAGAAGCUGAUUUGUCAAUCGUGUGUUUAUUACAGAAAAAAAUGAUUAAAUAUUGCGAGAAAAAUCUGUGCUAAAACAAAUGUACAGUUCUGUCGUUCCACAGUUUUGCAAUUAAUUAUUUGGAGUGGUUUUCAGUGAUUUUAUAAAGGUAUGACUAUUUUGAGCUAAAAGGUUUAUUAAUAAAUCAGAAGUUUAAUUGGCU